ACCAGAUCGAGACAAGCUUUGGCCUGGUAAUCGUAAUACAAAACAACAAAACCAACCACACACCCAUUUCCGCGACACAACCCCAUUCAAUAAUACAAUAACCAGGCAGGGAUCGAGGAUGGGAUGGGCGUAUCACUUGGUAUCAGGGCGCCCCAAAGCGGCAUAGUCAGGGAGAACAAUACCUCCAUGAUUACCAUCCGUACGAUGCGUACAGCCCCAUACCAUACCAACCCCUUUCUGUGUCUCCUCCCUCCGUUCUCUGCUCUUCUUCCUCUCCAACUCCCCCCAAGACUCUCUCUCUCGCCGUCGACAGCGCCUGUAGGAGAUCUCGUCUCUUCCUCCUCCUCCUCCCUCCCUCCACCUAUUCUUCUUCUUCUGCUUCUUCUUCUGCUUCUUCUGCUUCUUCUUCUCUUCUCUCUCUUCUUGCCUCUAUUCCCAUCAUCCCUUUAACUACCUUAGCAGCGUGCGCCGCUCCCAAAUACUCCUAGGUGAAGGCUUCACACAACCCCUUCAACCCCCAAUUGAGUCCUUCGUUUCCCGUCCACCUUCGUUCUAUCGUUCAUCCCUUGCUCUAUUUUAUAUAAAGAGAGAAGCUCUAAGCUUGUGCUUCCCACACCCUUUGGUUCUCGUCUUUCGUUGAUCUCCUCUUGUGUCCCGUGUUGGCAACAAGAAAAAAAAUAUCUCUUGCAGAUUAUCCUCCUUUGCCCUUCCUUCCCUUCUAAUACUUCGAAUAUAAUCCCAAUCGUUCCUUCUACCGUUGAACCUACAAGAUGGCCACCGCCGCCAACGGUAUUCCCGCUCCCACGCGACCUUCUCCAGCUGCUGGCAGUGCAACCGGAAAAUCGCCAUAUGUCGAACGCAGCAACCCAAUGGGCCAGGGUGCUGCCCAAACCGUCACCUCUAAGGACCCCAAAGCCGCUGCCCAAGCUGCUAGCGACAUGAGGAACGUUGUUCGUCGCAAGUUGACCGGUUACGUUGGAUUUGCCAACCUUCCAAACCAAUGGCACCGCAAGAGUGUUCGUAAAGGAUUCAACUUCAAUGUUAUGGUUGUUGGUGAAUCUGGUUUGGGGAAGUCUACCCUGGUCAACACUUUGUUCAACACUUCCCUGUAUCCCCCCAAGGAGCGCAAGGGCCCUAGCCUCGACAUUAUUCCCAAAACCGUUGCCAUAGAGUCUAUUAGCGCCGAUAUUGAGGAGAAUGGUGUUCGCCUCCGUCUGACUGUUGUUGAUACACCUGGUUUCGGGGACUUUGUCAACAACGAUGAUUCUUGGCGUCCAAUUGUCGAGAACAUCGAACAGCGCUUCGAUGCUUACCUCGAAGCCGAGAACAAGGUUAACCGCAUGAAUAUUGUGGACAACCGCGUCCAUGCCUGUGUCUACUUUAUCCAACCCACAGGCCACUCCCUAAAGCCGCUCGACAUUGAGGUCAUGCGCCGAUUGCACACCAAGGUCAAUCUCAUCCCCGUCAUCGCUAAGGCUGAUACUCUCACCGAUGAGGAAAUUGCCCUCUUCAAGCAAAGGAUUCUCGCCGAUAUCCAACAUCAUUCCAUCCAAAUAUUCGAAGGACCCCGAUAUGAACUUGAUGAUGAAGAAACCAUCGCCGAAAACCAGGAGAUCAUGUCCAAAGUUCCUUUCGCCGUUGUUGGAGCGAACUCAGAGGUCACCAGCAGCGAGGGCCGCAAGGUCAGAGGUCGUCGUUACCCAUGGGGAGUCAUCGAGGUUGACAACGAGGAACACUGCGACUUCGUCAAACUGCGCCAAAUGCUUAUCCGUACCCACAUGGAAGAGCUCAAGGAACACACGAAUAAUGCCCUGUACGAGAACUACCGAUCUGAUAAACUCACACAGAUGGGUGUUGCUCAGGACCCAAGUGUAUUCAAGGAGGUCAACCCUGCGGUCAAACAGGAAGAAGAGCGCACGCUGCACGAACAAAAGCUUGCAAAGAUGGAGGUAGAGAUGAAGAUGGUUUUCCAACAGAAGGUGCAAGAGAAGGAAAGCAAGCUCAAACAGAGCGAAGACGAGCUUUACGCUCGGCAUCGCGAGAUGAAAGAUCAACUAGAGCGACAACGUGCAGAAUUGGAAGAAAAGAAGGCCCGUCUCGAGAGUGGAAGACCUCUCGAGGACAAGAUAAAGAGAAAGGGCUUCUCGCUCCGUUAACGGUCAAUCCGUUGAUGAUAUACCCUUUGGACAUCAUGGGACGUCUACCUACGACAUGCGGACAACCUUCUUUGCUUGAUUUAGUAUUCCUCUCCUUUGAGUCCCCUCUCUUCUGCUCAUGGUUCCAGCGCUCUCUCUAAUACCUCUUCGUUCACUUUUCCCUUUCCUUUCAUUUAAGAAUAUUCGGCUCGCUCUCACACACUCUCUUUUUGCUUUCUUUCCUUCCCUUUCCUUCUCCUUUUCUCCUCUUUCAUUUAUACCUCUUGCUCGUUAUCUCAUUUCUGUAAUGACUUCUAUUUUUUAUUUUUUUCCCCCUUUACUUCUUUUCUCUUGAGCGCCCUCUCCCCUUGUUUGUCUGUUUUCUUGCUUGAUUGUUGAGUCUCUCGAACCAAUAAACGGAGAAAAACCAAAUUUGUAUCAAACUUAAUAAUCUAUCUAUCGACUGGUUUCAACUUUUUCGACAGUAUUAUUUUUUUUCCCCCUUUUAUCUUAUCUUCUACUUUCUUUCUCAUUGGGGGUUGGUUUGGAUUGAAGGGAGGCGCGGGUUUGAGGGGGAGUGCGCAGGCAUAGUUUUUCCCGAACAUUCGACAUCAGAAAAGUAUGCUUCUAAGCGGAUUGGCAAGAUAUAUAUAUGCGUGAGCGAGGGUUAUAAAAUCUUGUCUUUUCUUCGCUUUCUUCUUUAACUAUUAAUAUUUCUUUUCCCUGCUUUGAUCUGGUAAAUUGAUUGGCGUGUACCUCCGUUGCUGAGAGGUCCGACUAGAUAUAUACACGGGUCUGAUUUGAUCAAAGGCUGUAGUUUGCUAUUCCUCUUUUCAAUUCGUUUCUUUCCUUUUUUUUUCGCCCUUAUCCCACUCCUGCUUCUCUGUUCGUCUUUCUUCCUACGUAUAACCCUUUUGCUACCAGUCCGGAAAAAUGCUUUAAAAAAACCGCCAAAAAAAAGGUCUUUUGAAUCUUAGCUUAUGUUCUGCUUUCUUUCAUAUAUUCUUGUCUUCUUUGCUUAACUAGCUAUAAAUUUUCCUUUUCCCCUUUUCUUCUGUUUCCCCCGCCCCUUUUCUUCUCCAUCUGUCUGUCUGUCUAUCUGUGAUUAAAUUUUGAUUAUAUACUCUGAGGUUCUUCUGCUUCUUCUUCUCCUUAACCCGUCUACUUACCAACCCCUCUCCCCUUCCUUCUAUUCAACCUCAUCGUUCUACUUCCAAUAUCCCUUUUGUGUCUCCCGGUCUUUUUUCCUCUAGCACUUUUUUAGUAACUCAUCAAUCGAUUGCCCUUCCUCUCUCUUCUUGUUCUUAUUCUAUUAUCCUGCGUUUUUGUUAUUUAUUUCCUGCUAUUUUUCUUUUAUUAGGUAUGUAUGUACAUGUACAUGUACGUUUGCCAUCUUCUCCUCUCAUUAAUUACCCCUUGAAAAUACACAGGAAAGAAGUAAGUUACUUUGCUAUAUCUGGUUAAAUAGGGAUAAUUGCCUUGCGUUCUAUUAAAAAAUAUACCUCUCUCUUUACGCUACGGUAGAAGACUUUGAUCCACUGUCUUAUCUCUCGAGUAAAGAAAGAAAUCUUGUUUCAUGAACGUUUUUUCACGGUCUUAGUAAAAAAAAAAAAAAAAAAAAAAA